AAUAAAUUAUAAGUAAAAAUUACUCAUACAAAGUCGUUACACAAACAUAUGUAUUUCGAAACGUGUAAAAAUAUUUGAAUUUCAUUGCUUAGUGAAUUGAUGUGCUAACAUUCUGAAAAUCGCUGUACCAUAUUUAAAGCUUAAAAUUUGGAUCACAACGAUUACAUCAGCAAUUGUAUGGAAAGAAAUCACACAUUUUCAGCCAAGAAGAAAGCGUUCUGUUGAAAACAAUUUGCAAUUUCGAUUGAAACAUGGGUCUAGGCAAAGCUACCUCGAAGCAUUUGUUGUUGCUGUUAAAUUUCAUAUUUACGCUCCUCGGCAUAGUUCUCAUAGCCUUUGGUAUUUUUGUGCUGGUCAGCGCUUCCCACAACAACGUCGAUCAUGGUGAAAAUUUAGCCGGUGGACUCAUAAUUGCAUUGGGUGUUGUUAUUGUAGUAAUUUCGAUAUUCGGCUGCAUAGCUGCGAUACACGAGUCACGAACAAAAUUAAUUGUAUACAUCAUCAGCUUAGUAGUGUUGAUACUGUUACAACUGAUUUUGGCCGCCAUGGCUUCACAAGGCACCAAGGAUGGGCUGUCGGGCAGCGUACACGAUGGUUUCGAACAGCUGUGGGAGUAUGAAUUGAAGGCGCCAGGCACAUUGGCCUACUACGAGGAUUGGUUGCACUGCUGUGGUGUCAACAGCACCGACGAUUAUCACCACAUACAACACGACAUACCGCGAACGUGUUGCAAGGACCGCAAUUGCCAAAUUGUCGAUAAUAUUUACAAAGAGGGUUGUCAGGCGAAAUUCGAAGAAUACCUUUCGGGGAAGAUGCUUAUGUUCGGCGUGGUCAGUUGGAUUUUGAUAAUUGGCGAGAUUGUUGGCGCCGUUUUGGCUUGGAUGUUAUACAGCAGCGUGAAGAACGAGAGCAGGCGAAAUUUGCGUUGGAUGUAAACUUUUAAAUAGUGCAUAAAUACAUACAUAUGAACAUAUUUACGUAUCUAGUAAUGUGUCAGUUAAGCACUGAUUGCUAAAAAUCGUAUUCUAAUCGCGAUUACUCAUAUAACGAAUGUACCUAAUAAUUUUGUUAUUGUUCGAAAAAAAAGUAACAAAAAAUUUUAAUACAAAUUUUACUAGUCAAAUGGAAAAUGCUAAAAAAUACAAACAUACAUAUGUGCAUACAUGCGUAACUACAAAAUUUUCAGCUUUUAUUCAAAUAUUAAAAACAAGUC